AUGUACAUAUCAAAACCGAUUUUAAAGUCGAUGGAAAUGGGAAAGACCUACCCGGGCAAAGAGGUCAUAUGUAUGGAUUAUGAAGCUGGAGGAAAUCAUUUUGUCGCUGGAACAAAAGGAGAUGAAAUUCUGAUAUAUGAUAUGAGUACUGGAGAACGUAAAAAGAUAUUGCAUUCGAAAAAGUAUGGCGUCGGACACAUUCGAUUUUUCAAUGCUGCUAAAAAUGCGGUCCAUAGUUCGACAAAAGUCAAUCAUGUUGUGCGCUACCUUUCUCUCGAGGAAAACAAAUAUAUCAGUUAUUUCAUCGGGCAUCAAGAUUCUGUCACUGGCUUAUACACAACGCCCUCCGGAAUGUUAUUAACAUCAUCUCUUGAUAAAACUCUCAGACUCUGGGAUAUCAAAUCGAAUGCUUCUCUGGGAAUUAUCAACUUUGCCGCACCUGUUGUUACUUCCUACGAUCCAGAUUCUGUGGUGUUUGGAGUUGGCAUUAGCAGCACUAGAAUUGCGUUGUACGACGUCCGUUCAUAUGAAAAGGGGCCGUUUAAUACCUUGCAUGUGAAAGCACCUGGAUUUGAAGCUGAUUGGACGCAUCUCAUGUUUUCGCCAUGCGGCAAGAGAAUUUUGUUGUGCACUAAUGGCACUGGAUUGAUCCUUCUCGACGCGUUCAGCGGAAAAGUUCUCAGUGUACUCAGGGGACAUAAAAAUGAUCAUAACGAGCCUUUAGAGGCGACAUUUACGAAUAACUCAGAGUUUGUGUUGUGUGGAAGCUCGGAUCGUCGUAUUUAUGCCUGGGAGCUGAAAAAUUACACGAUUUGCCACUCGUUUUCGGGUCAUGAUACCACACCGCGUAUUGUGCAACACAGUUUGAAGGAUAUCAAUUUUGCUAGCGCUGACAGCGACAAAUUGGCAUUGUGGUGCCCAACAUUUUGA